UUGGCUUUCUUGUGGGGAGGCCAAAUACACACAUAUCAACUCCGUUUGUAGUAACCACAAAUAUACUGUUGAAAUUUGUAAUGCGUGAAGGUGAUACCUCAUCGUCUAACUUAUUACUUGAAAUAGUCGCCAUCCUCCUGACGUCAUACUAACUUAGAGUUGCUUCAGCUCAACACGAUAAAGCUCCUUAUAUAUCAUUAGUACUGACACAUGUGCCACUCCAUUUUGAGCCAAAUUAUCACUAUAUAAGGAGAGCUUCCGUCCGUUCAUUUAAUGUAUUUCUUGUAAUAAAUAUAACAGUUUAUCAAAACCUUAUUCACCAUCACUAUGAAAUUUACUACAAUCUAUACGUUAUUAGCCAUCUGCGCUACCGCAACCAUGGGUGCUGCUGUCCCUGUUGGCUCAGGCGGGUGCCUUAAUGGAAACUGUCCUCACCUUAACAAACGGGCCGCUUCUGACCCAGGCAAGGAGAGUUGCAUUGGCACCCACUGUCUUGGCUAUGAUAAACGGGCCGCUUCUGACCCAGGCAAGGAGAGGUGCAUUGGCACCCACUGUCUUGGCUAUGAUAAACGGGCCGCUUCUGACCCAGGCAAGGAGAGCUGCAUUGGCACCCACUGUCUUGGCUAUGAUAAACGGGCCGCUUCUGACCCAGGCAAGGAGAGCUGCAUUGGCACCCACUGUCUUGGCUAUGAUAAACGGGUCGUUCAAAGUGAGGCUAAUUGAUUUGGCAGGGCUUAAACAGAAUUAGAAAGCUAAGCUCUGAGAAUGGACUCAGUGGCAAUGGUUGUCU